UGUUCGCACCCUUUUGCACCUGUUGGAGCGAAAUGUUUUGCCUUUUCUAUUCAGCUGGAUUGGUGACACUCAUCCCCUCCUGCAUCCAUUUCCUUGCAGGCAAUUGCUGUGAAAUAUGGAACCUGACACUGACAAGCUUCAGAGCCUUCAGAUCAACCCCAAUAAGGAAACAAACCUUGUCGCUGUAUUCAAGAAUGACUACGUAGAUGACGAGGAUGAUGAGGACAUGGAUCCUCAAGUAACCUUAGGGUUCAUAGAGGAGCCAGAGGGACCAGAGGACUGGCAUCUUCUUCUCCCUCAACACUUCCCCAAUAAAGCUGGCGGUGUUCCGGCCUGGCUUGAUCCUGUUAAUUUGCCAUCUGGCAAGUCCAGGUGCUGUGACUUCUGUGGCGAACCACUACGUUUUGUUCUCCAGGUUUAUGCACCAAUUCAGUGCAAGGAGACAGCCUAUCACCGCACAUUAUUUGUGUUCAUGUGCCCAUCCAUGGCAUGCUUACUACUAGAUCAGCAUGAGCAGGGGAAGGAUAGGGCAGGUAAUCCUAGAAGAAGUGUUAGAGUUUUCCGGUGCCAACUUCCCCAAAUUAAUUCAUAUUAUUCAUUGAAAGAGCCUGAGGGAUCCCAAACUUGGUUUUGUUGUUGGUGUGGCACAUGGAAAGGGGAAAAAGUUUGUAGUCGUUGUAGGAAAUCCAGUUACUGUUCAAAGAAGCAUCAGGAAUUGCAUUGGCGUGCAAAGCACAAGAAUGAGUGCCAUCAAAUAUCUGGCUCACAUAAUGCUUCUGCUAUUAUGCCAGAUGCAGGAAAAGUAUUUGCUGGCAAUAUAUGGCCUGAAUACAUGGUGGUUGAUGAAACCGAAAAGGUUUCUUGUUUUGCUAGUUGUGAGAAUAGAUCAGAAUUGUUGAUGGAACAAGGCCAAAGUGAAGAGGAUGACAUGACGGCAUCAUUGAUGGAUCAGUUUGAGGUUGAUGAUGACAAUAGAUGCUGGGCAUCUUUUCUAGAACGCAUCUCAAGAGAACAGGAUCAAGUUUUGAGAUACUGCAGGGAAUCAACUGCAAAACCACUUUGGAUAAUGCCACAACUGCUCCAUUACUUCCAUGUUGAAAAUGAACCAGACUCACUUGAUUGGGCAACAAUAAUUGUUUACACAUGUAAAGGGUCCUGUGAUCAAAAUGUCAGCUACAUGGAAGAAUUUGUUUGGGUUCAGUUAUCUCCAGCAACAACUAGAACCAACCAAAGUACUUGCCCCCCUGCUGGCUUGUAA